CUUCUUGAAUCAGAGCCUUUUUACACACCGUCAGUGACCGUCCCCGUUAAUGGAAACCGACGGUAGCCAGUGAUACUCCUAAACUGGAACCCUCCAUUUUAUUGGCCCGUGCAACCGGCCUUGCCCAGGUUAGGACCUGACGGCUUUAAUUAUUCAUCGUGAUAUUAUACUGCUGCGGUUUCAUUCUUAAUUUGCGUUCCUUGCAGAGUGAGGAGUGGGUAGUGGAUGUUUGCCCUGGAAAGCUCGAAAUUCCUCUUAGUACCGUUUAGCCCAAUCACCCAGGACGAACUGUGCUUCUUAAUGUAGCUUCCCUCCAAAAAUGGUGUAACCGGUGACACAUCUUACUUUAUGGAGAGCAGUGGGCAACCGUGGAGCGCUUUAGUAAAGGGCAUGCCUCCUUGUGGCUUGGUUUCGGCUGACACGUCCAGUUUGAGCCGACCGGUCCGACGGAGACUGACGAGAGGGAGGGGAGUAGGAUGUGGGAAGAGGAGGAUUCUCCCAAACAUUUGUUGGACAAGAUGUUCGCAAGGGGAACCAAGAGAAAAUGUUGGGACGGCGAAGAUGAUGUCGAAGGAACCCUGGCUGGUUUUAAAACUCUUCCCUCCUACAAUCUCCAGCGGCAGUCCCUUUUAGAUAUGUCUCUGGUUAAGCUUCAGCUGUGCCACAUGGUAGUCGAACCUAACCUCUGUCGCUCAGUUCUCAUAGCCAAUACCGUGCGACAGAUUCAGGAAGAAAUGACCCAAGAUGGGACUUGGCAGAUGAUCAACGCCCAGAAUGCAGGACAACCUUCCCUCGACCGCCUGGUGUCGACGGAUAUCCUCUGUCGAUCGACAAAAGAGCAAAGCGAAGGGAAACUCGUUCCAGGCUACGCGAGAGACUUUGAAGACAGCCAGCCACACGAUAUCAUUUCGGAAGUUUCGACGGUGACGUCCGUUCAAAAUGCGAGAAACCCUCCGAGCAAUGUGUGGGAAAUGGAAAGCCCUCAGGAAAACAGAGGAAACUUUCAGAAGUCACUAGAUCAGAUAUUCGAGACCUUGGACAACAAAACGCAGAAUUGCGCGGAAGACUUGUUCUCUGACGUCGAUAAUUCUUACUACGAUCUCGACACUGUCUUAACGGGAAUGAUGAGUAACACGAAAAUGGGACACUGUGACGUACUGGAGAGCUUUUCUGCGCCCCCAACUACAAAUUCCAGCUCUAACUGUAAAUCCGAUCUUAACGAGCUCGACCAUAUUGUGGAGAUCCUCGUCGAGUCUUGAAACGGAUUCGGGGCCCCCACCUUCGGAGAAAUAGAGGACGGAGGACACGGAACUUUAGUUUGCUACCAGACGUAUUUGUAAUCUCCAUAAAAAUGAUAAAGCACUUCAUUUUGCGAACUAGUGGUAAUCAAUUGACGUGCGGCGGUUUUGCUCUGUACGUUGCGAUGAAAGUACAUACCGUAGCAGUCUGUUGCAGGGUCUUGAAUCUUCCAAGUUUGGGCUUCCUUCAUUACCUACCCGUGCUCCCUGUUCCGCUCCUCGAGGCAAUGGUCCUGUAGGGAGAGCUUGGGAAAGGGGUUUUCAUUUAGCCCUUAUUUCUGGGCUCACCUCCAGAAUCCCCGGAACAUCACCCCACACCCCCUUCUCCACCCUUCUCUCCAUCCCUCUAUUUCAGCCGCAAUCACCAGAGCAUAGCAACAAACCGUCCGUCAUUUUCGUUUGUCAGUUCCCUAUGUUUCUCGGCAAUAUUUCGUCUUUAAAAUAUAUUUUUAAAACAUUUUAUACUUUUAUCAGUGUGUUAGAUUUUUCCAGCUAUUUUCCUAAAAGUCUAUUUUUCCUAUGAACGCCAACUGCUACUUUAGUAAUUUUUAUAACGUAAAUAUUUGCAGCUGAGGCGUUUCUUUUUUUAAGAUUUUGAAGAAGGGAAUGUUUUUGGGGGUUUUUUUACAGUGAGCUGCGAAAAGUAGCUCAGUAAAGAGUAUAAACUGAAAAUAUACAACUAUAUACUUUAAAAUGUCGGCGCUGUUUCGUGUUAUUACAUUUUAUAGAGUAGUGCUUAAUUAUAAAGUUGGGCAUUGCGUAGGUAUGCUUUUUAUACUUGAGCAUUAUUGGAGAAAUUGAUCGUAGUAGAUGCAAUCGCUUCUGUUAAAGCCAUGUUUUUGUUAACAUCAGAUAUAAAUUAUGUAGGGUUUUAUUUAUGUAUAUUUAUAUGUAAAUGUCAUCAAGUGAAUUGUUUAUCCUUUAAGUCUACGGUCAGAUAUUUGUUUAUAUGGGGGAAAAUGAUCUUGCACUAAUUUACAUAAAGUGUUAUUGUGGGGGGGCCUCGAGAUCCCUCCAACAGAAUGUUCUGAUAUAUCUUGUCUAAAUUAGUGUCCUUCAGUCCUGUCAAGGUUGUCCUUAUAGCCGAUCUUCCUCUAAAAAAAAAAGGUGGUGAUUUUUGCUUCGGCUGGUGUCGGCAUCUAACGGAGGAGUUACACAUUCGUUGUAGAGUGUACUUAUCCACCAGAUCUGAUUUAUAGGAGCAUUUUUGGAAAGGGUUAGUAUAAAUGUGCUGUAAUUUUAUUUUUAAAAUGAAAUUACAUGCUAGAGAUAAACCGGUCCCAUUGGGCUAAUAGCCUCUCAUCAGAUGUUGGAAAUAACCAAGUCGCCUAGGAGAUGGAGUGACGGUGGCUGAAGAGGUUUGAGAAAUAGAAUGCAGACCACUGAGAUGGUGGCUUGUCUUCGAACAGUUUGAUUUAAGCACAAUAAGGGACCGUUUCCUCGGCUGUUUCUCUUAGCACGUUCCCCUCUCUCCACUUGCGUCCGAGCUCUGUUGGGAGAUCAACGGGCCCGAGAGCCCGAGUACCCGGGUUCGAAUCCCAGCUCUGCCACUUGCCCGCCGGGUGACCUGGGGCAAGUCACUGAACUUCUCUGGGCCUCGAGUUUCCUCAUCUGUGAAAUGAAAUCCCCGUUCUCCCUCUCCCUUACACCGUGAGAGCCCCAUAUGGGACGGGGACUCUAUCCGACAACCUCGUAUCUAUCCCGGCGCCCAGCACGGUAUCUGGCACGUAGCACGUGCUUAACAAAUGCCAUUAUUUAUUAUCGUUAGCAUUAUUCUCCAAGAUUAACUCCAAUUCCUUGUACUCAAAGUGUUCGACUAGUGUACGCAUGUAUGCGUGUUUUCAUUUGAGGACUUUAAAGAAAUGGGUGUGCGAACUAGGCAUGGUUGAACAAAAUCAGAACGAGUAUAUUCGGUCCCUGGGUCCCUCUGCAUCAUACGACUGAGGCAGUUGAAUGUACGUCCGGUUUGGGCCAGACACGUUUUGGUCCGUCAUGACGCGAAACAUUGAAAGUGAUUCCCUGUGCCUUAAAACUGGGGGUGAGGUAGCCCUCGCCGGCCAGCAGCAGAAAUGCAGUAUUAGAUUCCAAAGAGGAAUUUCUUCCAGACUUCAGCGAAACGCAUGGCAUCUUUUGUAAUUUUUUUAACUCAGCGUAGAAUAGAAUUCGGGAACUAUCCUUGCGAAGAAUGGAAAGCCGACGUGGCAAGGGGACUCGCGGCGCUAGCGAGUCGGAUGUAAAAAUCUCAGAUUUUUAGAAAAUAUUCUGAUAAAUUCCGAAGCGUAGAGGAAGCAGACCGUUUUCGCGAGAAAUGACAUUUUCUUUUGUUUUUUGUAUGGGACUGGGGCUAUAAAAUAACUACGGUACCACGUCUGUAGUUCCAUUCUGUAAUUUGUGGAAUAUCAUGACUUCACAAAUGGUUUACUUUAUAUGAGCGUAAUCUUUCAUGUAUUGUGUCAUGGAAGAUAGCAUCGCCUGUGUACAUUCGGUAAGAUGGCUCUAAGGGUUUAGAGUCAAAAUGAAGCUAUACUUUGCUUUUAGGGAAUUUUCAUUACCAUUUUUUUUUUUUUUUUUACUUUUACCUGUCAAUUCUAACCAUAGUUGGUAAAGUCGGUACUGUCGAUAUUGCUUUGAUUUUAAAGUAAAGUUGCAUAAAGGAAUUUUCACCUC